AUGCGGCUCGCCUUGAUCCCCUCCACGGCCCUGGCCUUUAGUUUGAUCCUCACGUACGCCACAUAUUCCAAUGUAGCCGUAGCGACCUUCCAGGCUCAGCUUCGCUCGUCUACAGGCAACCUUGAUGACACCCCCCCUGCUCGUUGGCGAGGGUCGAGCGCGUCCACGGAAGAAGAAGAAGAGAGAAUGCCGUCCGCGCUCAGCGCUAUAACGGAGAAGAUCAAGUCAUUCGCUGCAAAGGUCGUCGGCUUUUUUCGAGCCAAAAAGUGGGUGAUGAACGCCAAAAGCCGGGACGAAGUCCUCGACCGGUUUCAUCCCAGUACAGCCGACGUUGAUAGUCCUUAUCAGCUCGCGCAGAACUUCUGGGAUCAGCUUUCACGAUCGAAUCUGGAGGCUCUGAUGAGGUUCUAUAAGACCAUGAAUCGAAAGGAUCCUGAAAAGACCGUCGUGUUGGUUGAAGCUCUGUCAACGAAAUACGGGGUCGCCCCCACGGCUGAGGUGUUACUUAAGGCUCGAGUCUCUGGCAAUAAGUUUCGGGCGGCAGUGGCUACUGAGAUGUUGGAGCAUCAGCUUGAGGGUUGGUAUGACAGCGGGAAAAGUGUUGACGAAGUGUUUCGACUGCUGGACCUGCAGAGCGACAAGGACUUGGCAUCACUGAGAUUGCAGUUGUUGCAGGACUAUAUUGAUUUCUUCAACAUACAGAAAUCGACGAAGCAUAGGCUGCUUGGAACGCUGAUAAAAGGAUUCGGUAGUGUAGCCAAGCUAAGUCCGAUCUUAGCGAUGGCAAAGGCUUCUCCCCCUCACCCCGGAGAUCUAGCAACGAGGUUGCAGGACGAAAUGGCCCGUGGAUGGAUCGCGCGUGGGCUGACUGUCGAAAACGUUAUUUCGUCGCUGCAGCUCAGCAACGAACAAUUUUUCCGGUAUGAGUACAGGGAUGCAUUGACCACGUUCAUCGAGAAGCUGCCACCGGCAAGAAGGAAGUUGGUAGACCUGAACAACAUUCUACGAAAAAAGUACGGUAAUGACGGCAAAUUCGCCGACGCGAUCAUGCGAGCAAUGGGCGACAAAGACACGGAGAUGAUAGCACGCGGGAUUGAGGACUGGCUGUUCCAGCAGUGGUGGAACAAAUUCGGUGUAGAAACGGGUGAUAUCAUUGACAAUUUGAUGGUAAGAGGGGGUAUAAGUCUGCAGAAAGCGUUGUUCAUAGCAGAAAAAAGGUUUGACGCCUGGCACCCGCCCUCAUCGUCAUCGUAG